CUCUACACGUUUCAAAAUGGACCGGUUUGAAGACGUAUCAGACGGUGAAGUGGAUCAUGCUUUCUUUGACAGUGAUUUUGAGGAACAGCAAAAGAAAGAUGAACAAAAUGAUGAGUGUAGAGAGAAGGAAAAUACGAAGGCAGUUCUUCCAGAGCCUGACUUGGUUCCUAAUUCAAAGGAUGAGAAGUGUCCUGAGGAGGAAGGCAAAGACAAACAGAAAGACUUGGUGAAGGAGCAGUCCUUAGACAAUCUGACAGACCCUACUGGGGAUGCUUCACCUUUGCCACUUUCUCCAGUUUCAGAGAAUGCAGGUACAUCUGGAGCAACAUCUGCAGCAAAUAGUGGAACGCAGGAGAAUGUUCCUGCUGGAAUCCCCAAAAUAGUUAAAGAAGGCGAAGAAGAUUAUUACACAGAUGAAGAAGAUAGUAGUGAUGAUGGCAAAAAACAGAGGGUUAGACCAAAGUCAGCUAAACAAUCAAACAUGAAAAAAGCCAACAAAAAAUAUACCAAUAUCAGCUCCUCCUCUUCUUCUUCGUCUUCCUCUUCGUCGUCUUCCUCAUCCUCAAGCUCAGAUACGGAUUGUUCUGAUACAGAUUCCGAUAGUUUAUCAGAUUCAUCUCAUUCUUCCUCAAAAAGGAAUGCUUGUAGUGUGGCUCUUCUGUCUCCGAAACAAAAAUUCAGAUCAGGAAUGAAAUUAGCGGAAGGGAAACCAAAGCUUGGUGACUACUUGGAGGAGUCUGAAGACACAGUGACUGAUGUAACGCCUUUGUCAACCCCAGACAUCAGUCCUAUUCAGUCUUUUGAACUUGCAGCAUCAAACGAUAAGAAAUUAAAAAUAAAAAGACAGGAAAAUGUGAGCCAAGACCUAUAUGAUUCCGAGUUUGAUCGCAGAUAUAGUCGAAAAGUCUUACAUGAUGCCAUGGACCUGAAUCAGCUUUUGAAAGCUUUUCUACAGUUGGAGAAGAAGGAGCAACAAAAAAUAACCAUUGAUCCACCAUCUAAAGGGUCAAGGAAAAAUUACUCUUUCACAAAUGAAGAAGUAAGACAGAUUGAUCGGGAAAACCAAAGGCUGUUGAGAGAACUGUCCAGGCAGUCUGCGAAGCCCAGAAGCAGAAGCACCACUUUGAAGAAAUCGGCUCUUCCUCCUCCUAAGUUGUACCACAGUGCCCUCAACAGGCAAAAGGAACAGCAAAGAAUUGAAAGGGAAAACCUGGCUUUUUUGAAGAGAUUGGAAGCAGUGAAACCGACAGCUGGAAUGAGGCGUUCUGAACAACUGCUGGACUAUCAGCGCCAGAUGAGCUACCUGAGUUCUUCACCGUCCGCGAGAAGAGGCAAGUCCCAGCUGAGCCCUUCGAGAGGCACAUCAAGGGCAUCGAGUGUAUCAAGUGCAGUGGGCCAUAGGAAUGAAAAACCUGUGUCUGAUUCGUCCAGUGGGGCGUUACAGAGGCCUAAACCCACUAAUGUUCGUGCUGCUUGGUUAUAAGUGUGUU